GCGGCACCAUCCAGGCGGGCACCAUGGGCACGUCCGCGCGCUGGGCGCUCUGGCUGCUGCUCGCGCUGUGCUGGGCGCCCCGGGAAAGCCGCGCCACCGGAGCGGGAAGAAAAGCCAAAUGUGAACCCUCCCAAUUCCAGUGCACAAACGGCCGCUGUAUUACGUUGCUGUGGAAAUGCGACGGGGACGAAGACUGUGCUGACGGCAGCGAUGAAAAGAACUGUGUGAAGAAGACGUGUGCCGAGUCAGACUUUGUGUGCAACAAUGGCCAGUGCGUCCCCAGCCGGUGGCAGUGUGACGGGGAUCCCGACUGUGAAGACGGCUCAGAUGAAAACCCAGAACAGUGCCAUAUGAGAACAUGCCGCAUAAAUGAAAUCAGCUGUGGUGCCCGGUCCACUCAGUGUGUCCCCGUGUCCUGGCGGUGUGAUGGUGAAAAUGAUUGUGACAGUGGCGAAGAUGAAGAGAACUGUGGCAACAUCACGUGCAGCCCCGACGAGUUCACCUGCUCCAGCGGCCGCUGCAUCUCCAGGAAUUUCGUCUGCAACGGCCAGGACGACUGCAGCGACGGCAGCGACGAGCAGGCGUGCGCGCCCCCGACGUGCGGCGCGCACGAGUUCCGGUGCGGCACCUCGGCCUGCAUCCCCCGCAGCUGGCUGUGCGACGACGACGCCGACUGCUCCGACCAGUCCGACGAGUCGCUGGAGCAGUGCGGCCGCCAGCCCGUGAUGCACGCCAAGUGCCCGGCCAGCGAGACCCAGUGCGGCUCCGGCGAGUGCAUCCACAAGAAGUGGCGCUGCGACGGGGACCCCGACUGCAAAGACGGCAGUGACGAGGUCAACUGUCCUUCGCGCACCUGCCGCCCGGACCAGUUCGAGUGCGAGGACGGGAGCUGCAUCCACGGCAGCCGGCAGUGCAACGGCAUCCGCGACUGCGUGGACGGCUCGGACGAGGUCAACUGCAAAAACGUCAAUCAGUGCUUGGGCCCCGGCAAGUUCAAGUGCAGAAGUGGGGAGUGCAUAGAUAUCGGUCAAGUAUGUAACCAGGAGCAGGACUGCAGGGACUGGAGUGACGAACCCCUGAAAGAAUGUCAUGUAAACGAAUGCUUGGUUAAUAAUGGCGGCUGUUCUCACAUCUGCAAAGACCUCGUGAUAGGCUACGAAUGUGAUUGUGCCGCUGGGUUUGAACUGAUAGAUAAGAAAAUCUGCGGAGAUAUUGAUGAAUGCCAAAACCCUGGAAUCUGCAGCCAGAUUUGCAUCAACUUAAAAGGCGGUUACAAGUGUGAAUGUAGUCGGGGCUAUCAGAUGGACCUUGCCACUGGCGUGUGCAAGGCAGUAGGCAAAGAGCCAAGUCUGAUCUUCACUAAUCGAAGAGACAUCCGGAAGAUUGGCUUGGAGAGGAAGGAAUAUAUCCAACUAGUCGAACAGCUAAGAAACACUGUAGCGCUUGAUGCGGACAUUGCUGCUCAGAAACUGUUCUGGGCUGAUCUGAGUCAGAAGGCCAUCUUCAGUGCCUCCAUUGAUGACAAGGUUGGCAGACAUGUUAAAAUGAUCGACAAUGUCUAUAAUCCUGCAGCCAUCGCUGUUGAUUGGGUGUACAAAACCAUCUACUGGACUGAUGUGGCUUCUAAGACUAUUUCAGUAGCUACCCUGGAUGGAACCAAGAGGAAGUUCCUGUUUAACUCGGACUUGCGGGAGCCCGCCUCCCUCGCUCUAGACCCACUGUCUGGCUUUGUGUACUGGUCAGACUGGGGAGAACCAGCUAAAAUAGAAAAAGCAGGAAUGAAUGGAUUUGAUAGGCGGCCCCUGGUGACAGUGGACAUCCAGUGGCCUAAUGGAAUUACACUCGACCUUAUAAAGAGUCGUCUCUACUGGCUUGACUCCAAGUUGCACAUGUUGUCCAGUGUGGACUUGAAUGGCCAAGAUCGCAGGAUUGUCCUCAAGUCUCUGGAGUUCCUAGCUCACCCUCUCGCGCUGACCAUAUUUGAGGAUCGUGUCUACUGGAUAGAUGGAGAAAAUGAAGCCGUCUACGGUGCCAAUAAAUUCACUGGGUCAGAGCUGGCCACUCUGGUCAACAACCUUAAUGAUGCCCAAGACAUCAUUGUGUAUCACGAACUCGUGCAGCCGUCAGGUAAAAACUGGUGUGAAGAAGACAUGCCCAACGGAGGCUGUGAAUACCUGUGCCUGCCGGCCCCACAGAUUAACGAUCACUCUCCGAAGUACACCUGUUCCUGUCCCAACGGAUACAGUCUGGAGGAGAACGGCCGGGAGUGCCACAGGAUCAAUGUGACCACAGCAGUAUCUGAGGCCACUGUCCCCCCGAGAGGCACUUCUGCUGCCUGGGCCAUCCUUCCUCUCUUGCUCUUGGCAAUGGCAGCAGUAGGUGGCUACUUGAUGUGGCGAAAUUGGCAGCACAAGAACAUGAAAAGCAUGAACUUUGACAAUCCUGUGUACUUGAAGACUACUGAAGAGGACCUGUCAAUAGACAUUGGGAGACACAGUGCUUCUGUUGGACACACGUACCCAGCAAUAUCAGUUGUAAGCACAGAUGAUGACCUAGCUUGACUUCAGAGACGAGUCUUGACCUCUGAGGUCUAAAACCAAUAACCCUCCACUUCGAAAUGGUAACCGAGCCAGCACCUGAAGUCUUUCUUCCUCCAUUCUGGAAGAACAUCAAGAUGUCUUUACGUGGAUCAAGCUUGUAUACUUGACCAUUUUUAUAUUACUUUUGUAAAUAUUCCUGUCCACAUUCUACUUCAGCUUUGGAUAUGGUUACCAAGUAUCUAACCUUGAGUUUCUAGACAGUAUUGCCACAUCUGGCCAAAUAUGCACUUUCCCUAGAAAGCCAUAGUCCAGCAAUGACCCUUGUGCUAUAGGUGUACACCAUCUGUACAGACAUUGUAUAGGCCAUCUGUAAAUAUCCCAGAGAACAAUCACUAUUCUUAAGCACUUUGAAAAUAUUUCUAUGUAAAUUAUUGUAAACUUUUUCAAUGGUUGGGACAAUGGCAAUAGGAUAAAACGGGUUACUAAGAUGAAAUUGCCAAAAAAUUUGUAAACUAAUUUUGUACGUAUGAAUGAAAUCUUUGACCUCCGUGGAGGUUAGUAAAGACUGAGUGUUCAAACUACUGUACAUUUCUUUUUCAAGUGCUAAAACAAUUAAACCAAGCAGCUUAACCAUGGUUUCUGCCUAUUCCUCCAGGAUAAACUUUUGUCGAUGGCCUGAGUAGUAGCAAGCAUUCUAAAUAUAUGAGCUAGAUAAUACAGAUCAAGUAUAUGAGCUAGAUAAUACAGACCUUGAUGUUGCAUAACUAGGCCUAUAAAUUGGCUAGUUUCUCUUAGAACCAAGUACUAAAAGAACAAAGUACCAUUUAAUAUUCGCUCCUGAAAUAUUUAUUUUUGGUUAAAGAAGCUAACUUAGCCUGUACCUAGAAUUCCUCUAGGAGGAAUUUAGAGGCAAGUUCCUUUUCUGACUCAUUUGUUUCCUGACCUAGAAACCUAUGCUAAGAUUCCUAGCAAUUCUGCUUCUUCAUUCCUAAGUCUCUGUUUUCCAUGUUCUGUCACUAUAUGUAGCUCCAGGACAGUGGAAAUUUCAUAGAAAUGGAAAUAUCAUGGAAAAUCUGUAGUAGCUUCCCAUUUUUCAGUCUGGCUGGCAUACGAUCCUUCUGGGGACAAUGUCUGAAACUCUUAGUAUGAAGAACAGAUAAGAAAUCUGGGAAGAAGAAAUAGGAACACAGGUCUUUAAAUAAGUUUUCCAUCAGGUUGGCCAUUACUGCCUUUCCCUAAAAUCUCGGGAUGUGAGCAAACAAGAGAAGACAUGAGAUUUGGAACCCUGGGAAGAUGUUUUAAUUUCAACGAGAGGGGACAGGGAUUCUGCUGUAGAUGUGACUCCUCUUGGGACUCACUGACCCAUGCAGGAUCAAAAGGAUGAAGAGAUCUUCUGAGUAACUAAAUGGUUGGGUGGGUGACUCCUGUUCUGCUUGGAUGUGGAAUGUAAGCAAGGCAGUUGACACCUUGCUUGUGGUUCAGGUGGAGACCAAUGAUCUUAGAGGAAGUUGCUUCCGCCAUAUUGUUUCAGAUACCCUGUUGUGAUUUUGGUCAAAUGGAUGAAAGUGAAAGAAUAGUCAUGGUUUGGGUUUUUUUGGGGGGAGCGGGGCAUGUGCCAGUCUGGCAUAUAGCUGUGAAGGAAGGACUCUGUGUUGUCCCCAUUUUGCUUCCUUUUCAAAAAGUCAUGACACUAACCAGGUUGUGGCCUGCUGACACAGGGUAUCAGAAGUGCCCGUGUGGUAAGUAGGUUCCCAUUCACUGAAUCUCAACUCUGAAGGCCAUUUGGUUGACUAGUACUUUGAUCCUGCUCUGAAACAAAACCCACCUAUUUCUUUUUUUAAUCGGGGCAACACAAAAUUCCCACCUAGGAAGCUUGAAGAUAGCAGUGCAUUCCCCCAUUACAAGGACUGUAUAGUAUUAAUGUCAAGGCCCAAAGCCAUAGUUUUUAAGAAUAAAAAGCAUUAUUCUCUACCGUCUUCUCUUAGAUUCCAGUCCUGGCUAUGUUCUUUUAAGUUCUAGGUCCCACUCUCCAACCUUCAAAGAGUCUCAAGUAUUUCCUUCUUUGACCUUGCCCUACACCAAGUAGCUAAGAACAGAAACUCUACCCGAAGAGUUGAAAAAAAUCAAGUAACUAGAUAUUUCUACUGAAAUCAGAAUAGGUAAUAUGACUAGUUAAUUCAGCAUGUACUAAUAGUUCAUGAUGAACUAGAGCCUUGGGCUUCAGUAUCCAAAUAAUAGCUAUAAGAAUCCUACAUGAAACAUACAGGUGUAAAUUUGCUGUAUCUUUCGAGUUUACUAGAGAAGAUGAGAUUUGGUUAAGAGGUAGAAUAGGAAGCUUGUCUAACAGUAAGAGAGGGUGUUUGGAGUUAAAUGUGUUAUACAAAGUCACUGAAUGCGGGUCCUCCAGGGACUUUAGGAAUUGCUACAAAGUUUGAUAAAAGAUGAGUAAACAAAUUUGUGACACCUGGUAAAGAAAUCCAGCGGAGUCCCGGAGUCCAAACUCUUAAGUGACAUUUACAAGCUAUCUAUUUGGCAAAAAAAAUCCCAGCUCCCUGAAGAAUUCUUACAGCUAAAUUAGACCCAUGGCAUCAUCCUCAAGCCUAUGGUGUUCUAGUCUUGAUGAACAAGGUGAAAAAGAAAGAGACAGAGACUUCAGCUUUGGCAUUUACUUACGUUCCUAGUAUCUUUGGAAGUCAGAUAGCCCUUCUCAAAAAAAAAGAAAGAAAUGACAAGACAGGCUUUGAAUAGCAAAACUGUAGGACAAUUAAAGAACGAACUCUUUAAUUUAAUACAGAGAAAUGGGACAACUGAAGUAUACCUUUUAACUGUCCUCACCCCCAAAGCAAAAGAUUCUGGGGGAGCCUUCUGUGUCAUGGAGCGUGAUUUGAGGAAUUUCCUAGAAUUCUUACCUAGUGAAGACCCCAAACUGAAGCUGGAAUCCUUGAUUUCAGCGGCAGGGAAACUCACAAGAGGCAUAUGCACUUUUGCUCUGAUAACUUAGGUCCAAGAAUUUA